AUUUUAGAUUCAAGUUAUACAUCAUCAUAAUUAACGGCAUAUUAUAUAACAGAUAAAAUAACGUGUUAAUUUUAAAAGUUGUCAUUAUUAAAUUGUCAAUAUUUGUUGAUUAUCGCAUACUUAUAUUUAACGACAUUUCAUUACAAAUUUCAAGUUUUCUCAUGCUAUAAAUCGAUAUCAUUAAAACUGUUCAAUAAUCGAUUCAAUUAAUCAUUUUGCGUGAUUAAUAUAAAGUUAAAUCGACUAACUCCAGUCUAGCUAAUACAUUGUUUUUACUUAUUAGAUUUGGUAUGGAUUCGUAUAAUAUAGUCGGUGUCCUUGGGCGCGGUGCUUUUGGGGUAGUUGAAUUGGUUAGGGAUUUCAAUUUGAAAAAAAUGGUCGUUAUGAAAACCAUCCAAAUCAAAUCUAUGUCAACAGACGACUUAAAGGAAGCCAUUAAGGAAACUCGUAUUCUUGAAAUGUUGGAUCAUCCUAACAUCAUAAAAUAUUAUAACAGUUUCCAAAGUGAACAUAACUUCCAUAUUGUAAUGGAAUACGCAACGCACGGUACUCUUGAAAAUUUUGUUUUGAAAUGUUCACGUACGUCGGAUCAUAUAGUUCAAAAUUGUGUACUAAAUAUAUUUAGCCAACUUACAAUGGCUGUAAAUUACAUUCACAAAAUGAAAAUCAUACACAGAGAUAUAAAUCCAAUGAACAUUUUGCUAACAGGAAGUCAAGGUACCGUCAUUAAACUUGGUGACUUUGGAGCUUCUCACAUUUUAACUGGUGAAAAAGUUACUAGUGGAAAUAAUUGUACACCUUGCUAUAUGUCCCCUGAACAAUGUUGUGGGAAACCUCUAAGACUCAAAAGUGAUAUUUGGCAGAUUGGCUGCGUUUUGUAUUACUUAAUGAGUAUGAAACAUCCUUUUUACGGACAAAGUUUAGCCGAGCUAGUAUCUUGCAUCGUCGAAGGCGUUUUGAACCCGAUGACAACACGAAAGUAUUACGAUAUUGAUUUAGUAAGACUUGUUUAUGAACUUUUAAAUCGUGAUCCAACAGCCAGGCCAGAUGCAUCUGAAAUACUUUCACAUCCUCACAUAUUGCCUUAUAUUCUUAAUUCUACUUCCCAUCGGUUCAAAUCGAGUAGAACAUCAAUUGGUUACAAGUAGGUUUUUUUUAAACAUAUAUUUAUACGUACAGCUAUUAUUUUGUGAACAGUUAAUAUGAAUUUUUUUUGUAUGUCUUAAAAAAAUUUUUACGACUCAAACUGACUAUUAAGGGUUCUUGUUUAAUUUAUAUAGUCGAUUGUUAUUAUUUUUUUUUUUAAAUUAAGUUACCAUUUUUGUUGUAAAAAUUAGUUUGAAUAAAUUGGAAAUAUAUAAAAUGUGAGUAUCUAAAAUGUUUCCUUUAUAAGUGUUUAAUUUGUAAAGUAGAAACAAAUAUAAUGUUUAUGAGUG